AUGAGUGGGGAGAAGGGUUCCACAGCAGCCAAAUUGGCUAACUUUCUUUUUGCAUACAGGAGUGCCCCACACAGCACGACCGGACAAUCUCCAGCAAUGUUGUUCUUGGGGAGAAACCUUCGUUCACGAUUGGAUAUUCUAAAGCCUAAUGUCCGUCGCCAUGUCAACAACAAGCAAAUGGAUCAGACUGCGUCACACACAUCUGCCAAUAUAACGCGUGAGUUUCACAUUGGUCAAACUGUUUCUGUUCGCGACUACAGAGGCAAUCAAAAAUGGAUACCUGGUGUGGUACAUGCUCGCACUGGACCUGUGUCCUAUGAAGUUUGUGUCGGUCCAAACAUGAUCUGGCGCCGCCAUAUUGACCAACUUCUCGACUCGCACAUUGGGAAACCCCCUAAUCUCAAUGUACCUGUACCCUAUGAUGUCAUACCACAGAUCGUACCAUCGGAAAUGGACAAUCCUACACCAACACCAGUUGAACCAGACCUUACUGAACCUAGUGAAACAUCAUCACCUACUAAACCUUCCAUGUCGGGUAGUCCUCAUGUUGUUGAACGUCGCUACCCCGCACGCGAACAUAAACCUCCUGAUAAACUCAAUUUAUAA